AUGCCUUCGCCCCUUGCCCAACGCCACUACCUCUCUGGAGAGCUGUCCCCGUCGCUGGACUCCAGGCCUUGCAGCAGCCCUUUGGUGCUCCCAGGGAAGGCGGGGAAGCUAAUGCCGGGGGUCACUCCUCCUCGGUCCCCACGACUGCCACGCCGGCUGGCCUGGUGCUCCAUUGACUGGGAACAGGUGUGCUUGCUGCACAAGUUGGGAGCUGGAGGGUUUGGUUCGGUAUAUAAGGCGACUUACCAUGGCUUUCCUGUGGCUAUAAAGCAAGUGAACAAGUACACCAAGAAUCCUCGAGCAUCCCAGCGGAGUUUCUGGGCUGAGCUCAACGUUGCGAGGCUGCGCCAUGACAACAUAGUGCGGAUCGUGGCUGCCAGCACGCGCACGCCGGCUGACUCAGAUAGUCUGGGUGCCAUAAUCAUGGAAUUUGGAGGCAACGUCACCUUACAUCAAGUCAUUUACGGUGCCAUCGACGACACUGAGGAGCAGGCGGGGAAGCCUCACCAUGGCAAUGGACAGCAAUUAAGUUUGGGGAAGUGUCUAAAGUAUUCCCUAGAUGUCGCCAAAGGCCUGCUUUUCCUUCACUCACAAGGAGUUGUGCACUUAGAUCUAAAGCCGGCGAACAUUUUGGUCAGUGAGCAGGGUGUCUGUAAAAUUGGUGACUUUGGUUGCUCCGAGAAGCUGGGAGAUCUGCGGUGCUCCCGGGCUCGCCCCUACCCUCUAGGAGGCACCUACACCCACCGAGCCCCGGAGUUACUGACAGGAGCCACCGUGACUCCCAAAGCCGACAUCUACUCUUUUGCCAUCACGCUCUGGCAAAUGGCCAGCAGGGAGGUGCCUUACUCGGGGGACCGGCAGUGCGUGCUCUACUCCGUGGUGGCCCACAACCUGCGCCCGUCUCUCGCCAAGGCCGUCUUCACGGACUCGCUCCUGGGGCAGAAGCUGCAGAGCCUCAUCCCGCGCUGCUGGGCGGCGCGCGCUCCGCAGAGACCAAGUGCAGGAUGCCUCGUGGCCGACCUGAACUGUUUAAACGCUGAGCUGGCUGACUCUAAACCUGUAUCGAGAUAA